GGCUCAGUGGCGUUUCCGCGCGCCAUUGCAGACAUGGCGGGGUCUCUUGGUGGGAUGUUCUCCGGGCAGCCUGCUGGUCCCCAGCCGCCUCCGCCCGGGCUCCCAGGCCAGGCCUCGCUUCUGCAAGCAGCGCCGGGGGCUCCGAGACCUUCUAACAGCACUUUGGUGGACGAGUUGGAGUCGUCUUUCGAGGCUUGCUUUGCCUCCCUGGUGAGUCAGGAUUAUGUCAAUGGAACUGAUCAGGAAGAAAUUCGAACUGGUGUUGAUCAGUGUAUCCAGAAGUUUUUGGACAUUGCAAGACAGACAGAAUGUUUUUUCUUACAAAAAAGGUUGCAGUUGUCUGUCCAGAAACCAGAUCAAGUUAUCAAAGAGGAUGUAUCAGAACUAAGGAGUGAACUGCAGCGGAAAGAUGCGCUGGUCCAGAAGCACUUGACAAAGCUGAGGCACUGGCAGCAGGUGCUGGAGGACAUCAAUGUGCAGCACAAGAAGCCAGCUGAAAUCCCUCAGGGCUCCUUGGCUUACUUGGAGCAGGCAUCUGCAAAUAUUCCUGCACCUCUGAAGCCGACCUAAGAGCACUCUGGCCUGGGAUGCAGCCUAUAGUCCUGCCAGACAUCUUUCCUUAAAGACAUGGCCUAUGGAAGAACUCCAUUGAUAAUUCGUGGGUGUUAGUUAGUUAUAAGGUGGGAUUUAAAUAUGAAUCUUGGGCUGAUCUUGAACCUAUGAUUCCCCUGCCUCAGCCUCCUUAGUUCUUUAAAUCCCUAGAGUACUUUGUAAAAUGCCUGAAGCUUUGAUAAACCAAGUACAGUUUUGUUUUGUUUUGUUUUAACUCUUUAGGGAAGUUUGGACUGUGAGGGUGAUCACACAUAUUCUUACUUGGCCUUUACCAUUUGUUUUGACAUUUUGUCAUUUUUGUGGGGUUUUUUUAGUUGUGAAUUUGGUAAAACCUGAAGGAAAAAAUUUUUUAAUAGUUUGAGAAGGCAGAAGACAUAGAGUUUGGUGUCAGCCUUAAUCAUCCAUGGUAGUAUAGGCAAAUCUGUGAAUUUGCUGUUUCAAAACUUUUGAACUACCUCACAAGGAAUCUGACUCAACAAUGCCAUGCUUCCAGAGUGGCACAGGGUGAGCAUAUUUGCAAUUUUAGCCUCAAAAGAGGCUAAAAUAUGCUGCCAGUGUAGUGUUACAGGAGGAUGCUUUCCUUAAUGUUGGAUUUUAUCUGGGAUAAGCUCUGUUUUCUGGGUCCUUCACUGUCUUGAAGGCACUCAUAUCAGGAACAUAUGCUGAGAGCACUCAGGCUGUGCAGUGAUGCUCAGAGUAAGGAAUGGAUUCCCAGGAAGACACAGGUGGAUCUGAGGCGAAAGGCGGCCUUGGAUUCUCUGAGUUUUAUAUGCUUGCUAUGUAUUUUAUUUUAGAGCAGAGUACCUCUCUUUACCCAAAACAAAAUAUUCCAUACCUCUUGAACAGUUAGUGCAUCUCCAGCUUGGUUUUGGUCUGGUCCAUUUUGUUUUUUUGACCUCUGCUUCCUGCCUCUCCUGGGCUCAGCCAUCUGGUGUGUGAAGCUCCUGAAUACACCUUCACUGCAUUCCCUCUCUUUGCUUAUUUUAUUUUAUUUUAUUUUAUUUUAUUUUUUCUGUCUUUCCUUUUUGAUCAACUUUCUUAGGUUCUCCAUUAUGCAUUAUGUAUUGUGGCUGUCUCUCUUACUUGCUCUAUAGUAUGCCCGUGAGAAUUAGGCAUUUCCUUGAUUAUGUAUUACUUUAUUAUUUUCAUGUAUGUACUUGGUUGUAUGAUAUUUAGCACAUGGACCAACGAGAACCAGCCUGAGGCCAUCAAGUCCCCUUAAUUAGAAUGUAUAAGUUAAACAGUGUUGAAAAAUAUAGGCUGGGCAUGGUGGUAUGUUUGUAAUCUAGCAUUUGGGAGGUAGAGGAAGGAGGAUCAGAGUUGAAUGCUACAUAGCAAGUUUUAGGCUGUUGUAGGCUACAUGAGAUCCUGUCUCACAAACCCCUGCUGAAAACAAACAAACAAACAAAAAAAACCACCCACUCUAUGAAGCACUGACCAUCAACUUUACAUUUUGUGGAUUUUUUGGCUAAAACCUAAAUAAACAUUUUAGGUUGUUUUUCAAUAAAAAAAAGUGCUGAUAAAAAUACUGGAAA